CUGCCUACUGCAUUUCUUAAUCUGUCUUCUGCCAAAUGCUAACAGCAUGAUAUUUUGCAAUCAUCUAGGUGAAUACAAGAAAGACGAACUCCUAGAAGCUGCUAGGAGUGGUAAUGAAGAAAAACUAAUGGCUUUACUGACUCCUCUAAAUGUGAAUUGCCAUGCAAGUGAUGGGCGAAAGUCAACUCCUUUACAUCUGGCAGCAGGCUACAACCGAGUUCGGAUCGUGCAGCUUCUUCUCCAGCAUGGUGCUGAUGUGCAUGCGAAAGACAAAGGUGGACUUGUGCCUCUUCAUAAUGCGUGUUCAUAUGGACAUUAUGAAGUCACAGAACUGCUACUAAAGCAUGGAGCUUGUGUUAAUGCUAUGGAUCUGUGGCAGUUUACCCCACUUCAUGAGGCUGCUUCCAAGAAUCGCGUAGAGGUCUGCUCUUUGUUACUUAGCCAUGGUGCUGAUCCUACUUUAGUCAACUGCCAUGGCAAAAGUGCGGUGGACAUGGCUCCAACUCCUGAGCUCCGGGAAAGAUUGACUUAUGAAUUUAAAGGUCACUCUUUACUACAAGCAGCCAGAGAAGCAGACCUAGCCAAAGUUAAAAAAACACUUGCUCUGGAAAUCAUUAAUUUCAAACAGCCACAGUCUCAUGAAACUGCACUGCACUGCGCUGUGGCCUCGCUGCAUCCCAAACGCAAACAAGUGACAGAAUUGUUACUUCGAAAAGGAGCAAAUGUUAAUGAGAAAAAUAAAGAUUUCAUGACUCCCCUGCAUGUUGCAGCAGAGAGAGCCCACAAUGACGUCAUGGAAGUUCUCCAUAAACACGGAGCAAAGAUGAAUGCACUGGACACCCUUGGUCAGACCGCUUUGCAUAGAGCUGCCCUUGCUGGUCAUCUGCAAACAUGCCGCCUGCUGCUGAGUUACGGCUCUGAUCCCUCUAUCAUCUCCUUACAAGGCUUUACAGCAGCACAAAUGGGGAACGAGGCCGUGCAGCAGAUUCUGAGUGAAAGUACACCUGUACGCACUUCUGAUGUUGACUAUCGACUCUUAGAAGCAUCUAAAGCCGGAGACUUGGAAACUGUGAAGCAACUUUGCAGCCCUCAGAAUGUGAAUUGCAGAGAUUUAGAGGGCCGGCAUUCCACGCCCUUACACUUCGCGGCAGGCUACAACCGUGUGUCUGUCGUGGAGUACCUCCUCCACCAUGGUGCCGAUGUCCAUGCCAAAGACAAAGGGUAUCAGCUACCAUUUUCACUUUCACUAGAUUUCAGUUACCAUUUUGCAUUUAUUUCUCUUUUAAAUGUAAGACAUGGGGCUUCCGUCAAUGUGGCGGACUUAUGGAAAUUUACCCCUCUACAUGAAGCAGCAGCUAAAGGAAAAUAUGAAAUCUGCAAGCUCCUUUUAAAACAUGGAGCAGAUCCCACUAAAAAGAACAGAGACGGAAAUACACCUUUAGAUUUGGUAAAAGAAGGAGACACAGAUAUUCAGGACUUGCUGAGAGGAGAUGCUGCUUUGUUGGAUGCUGCCAAGAAGGGCUGCCUGGCAAGAGUGCAAAAGCUCUGUACCCCAGAGAAUAUCAACUGCAGAGACACCCAGGGCAGAAACUCAACCCCUCUGCACCUGGCAGCAGGCUACAAUAACCUGGAAGUAGCAGAGUAUCUUCUAGAGCAUGGAGCAGAUGUUAAUGCCCAAGACAAAGGUGGUUUAAUACCUCUUCACAAUGCGGCAUCCUAUGGGCAUGUGGACAUCGCGGCAUUAUUGAUAAAAUACAACACGUGCGUAAAUGCAACAGACAAGUGGGCGUUUACUCCUCUUCAUGAAGCAGCCCAAAAAGGCAGGACGCAGCUUUGUGCCCUGCUCCUAGCGCAUGGUGCAGAUCCAACUAUGAAGAACCAGGAAGGCCAGACCCCUUUAGAUCUGGCAACAGCGGAUGACAUCAGAGCUUUGCUGAUAGAUGCCAUGCCCCCAGAGGCCUUACCUACCUGUUUCAAACCUCAGGCUACUGUCGUGAGUGCCUCUCUGAUCUCACCAGCAUCCACCCCCUCCUGCCUGUCUGCCGCUAGCAGCAUAGACAACCUCACCGGCCCCUUAGCAGAACUGGCAGUAGGAGGAGCGUCCAACACCGGGGAUGGCGCGGCGGGCGCAGAAAGGAAGGAAGGAGAAGUUGCGGGUCUUGACAUGAAUAUUAGCCAGUUCCUAAAAAGCCUUGGUCUUGAACACCUUCGGGACAUCUUUGAAACAGAACAGAUUACGCUAGAUGUGUUGGCUGAUAUGGGUCAUGAAGAGUUGAAAGAAAUAGGCAUCAAUGCAUACGGACACCGCCAUAAAUUAAUCAAGGGAGUGGAAAGACUCUUAGGUGGACAACAAGGCACCAAUCCUUAUUUGACUUUUCACUGUGUUAAUCAGGGAACUAUUUUGCUGGAUCUUGCUCCAGAAGAUAAAGAAUAUCAGUCAGUAGAAGAGGAGAUGCAAAGUACAAUUCGAGAACACCGAGAUGGUGGUAAUGCUGGUGGCAUCUUCAACAGAUACAAUGUCAUUCGAAUUCAAAAAGUUGUGAACAAGAAGUUGAGAGAACGGUUCUGUCACAGACAGAAGGAAGUGUCUGAGGAGAAUCACAACCACCACAAUGAACGCAUGUUGUUUCACGGUUCUCCUUUCAUUAAUGCCAUUAUUCAUAAAGGGUUUGAUGAGCGACAUGCAUAUAUAGGAGGAAUGUUUGGUGCUGGGAUUUAUUUUGCUGAAAACUCUUCUAAAAGCAACCAGUAUGUUUAUGGAAUAGGAGGAGGAACAGGCUGUCCCACACACAAAGACCGGUCAUGUUAUAUAUGUCACAGGCAAAUGCUUUUCUGUAGAGUGACCCUUGGCAAGUCCUUUCUGCAGUUCAGCACCAUGAAAAUGGCCCACGCCCCCCCAGGCCAUCACUCUGUCAUUGGGAGGCCAAGUGUGAAUGGGCUGGCCUAUGCCGAAUACGUCAUCUACAGAGGAGAGCAGGCAUACCCAGAGUAUCUGAUCACAUACCAGAUCAUGAAGCCGGAAGCUCCUUCACAGACCGCAACAGCCGCAGAGCAAAAGACCUAGUGAAUGGCCAUCGGUAAAGGCCGGAUCAGAUUUCAGCCUGGGCCUGGAUGACAGUGGAUUGUUUUCAACAAAAUCAAUAUUCUAUAAAUCCCUGACAGCCUAGAAAUAAGCUGUUUGUCUUUUAUAAAGCAUUGCGAUAGUGAUGAAUAUAGUAUGAGUAACUGAUACAUACUCAACUGCUACUGUUCCCUUUGAGGAAAUGUUUACAGGGGCGGCCUUUUAAUAUAUCUCAGGCUCAUUUUCAUUGCAGUUAUCCAUCGCUAAGACAGGACUGCUUCGAUCUAGACUUGGAAAUGGGAAAAAAGACAACAUAACCAAUACUUUCCCAAAUGUUCACAAUUCACACACUACACUUGCUUUUCUACAUAUGGCCCGUGUAUAUAAUAAAUAUACACGUAUGACAGGUUCAUUUUUUAGUUUUUUCUGAGCAUUUUUCAUCCACUUUUUGUUGCUGUCAUUGUUGUUGCUUACUUUGAAAAUGAGCCCGAGCCUUCCCGAGGAUAUUUUGCACAGUCACACUGACUAAAAUCACUAGUGACAUAACCUGAGCUUCUGGCUGAGCAAGGCUUUCAGUGUCCACUUUUUUCCCCCCACUGAUUUAUUUUUAUCUGUACCUCUUAUCAGCGUAAACUCAGAUGGAAAGGAAAAACGCCACGUUUCAGUUUCCUUUUAUGAUUGGCCAGUCUUACAAGGGAAAGGCACCCGGCGUCCACCUGAUUUAGGAACUCCCAGGUUCAGAGCAAGUCGAAGCCCAUGAGAGCCACUCGCACUUCCCAACACAGGCCUGCCUCCAAGGCGUUCGGGACAGUGCUGGAGGGCCAGGAAGAGCCCAGCCAGUGAGAGGCUGUGGUGACGUCCAGAGGGGAGGCCGCCGGGGAGGCCUGUGAAUGCAGAAGCAUCAUUAAGACGCGUGAAGGGCCCGGGGCGCGAUCAUACGGCAGCAGAAAAGGACCAGGAGGACUUGUCCAAGAUAACACUGUUUCACUUAGCCUGCACCACCGGAACUGCCGCCCCAGAAUCAGCUGCCUUACUUCCAGAUUCGGUGGACUAACCAUACUCCAGUAGAGUAACAAAAAUACUGCUUGAUUACUUCUCUAGUUUAGAAAGCUGGGGUUCAAAUCCUGUUUAGUCACUAGAUAGGCACAAAUGGGAGAACUCUUUUGUUUGCUCCAAAUUUGGGGUUUAUUUUGAGUGAGGUGCUUCAGAUAGUUUACAUAGGUCCCUGCACUAAAUUUUUGAACCACUGUCUCAAACUACUUAAUAGAUGAGGAGAACAAAAAUGGAAACCAAAGCUCUUUCAGUUUUUUAAAUGAAAGGAGAGAAAUAGUCAUACUGUUUCUUCUUGAAAUCACUGCUUUGUUUUGCUUUUUUUCCCUCAACAUUUGUCAAGUGCACAUUGACACUUGUAAAAAAAAAAAAAUUAUCCGUGACAGUUCUCACACUUGUCCUUUUCAUCUUAAGUGAAUAUUGAAUUGAGUGCAUUAGCAUAUUUACUUGGACAUGCUGUGUGUCUACUUAGCUUUGAAGCAAAGUAAUAUAAAUGUGGUGGAAAAAAAGGAAAAACAGUGUGAUGGAAACUUGCCAUUUCAAUUUACAGUCCUGACAACUAAUUUGCUUGUUUUUUUAAUGCAGGUUGAUUAAGCUGUGACUUCAUUUAAUCUCUUAAAGAAAAAUAAAACGGUUACACGCAAAGAUUCUAGAAUAGGGUCUUAAAAAUACACAUUUUGCUUUCCUUUUGGCUUGAGUCCAAUGCUAGAACUAGGCAUCAGGAACUAGUUUUGAGUUUUAUAGCUGAAUCUUGCAUGGGUCCUCAAAAUUAAAUCAAGAAUUAGCCUCAGUUGUUGCUUCUAUUGAAGUUUUAGUGACCCAAGCUGGGUGUUUGUGUCUUGGCUACUUGUUUAAUAGCACUAGAAUUCCACACAGAGCUCCCAAGUUUGAUAUUCAUGAAGAGGGCUUUUUUCCUCCCUUCCUUCUUUUUUGCUGUGUUUGUAACAGUGGGUUGAAGGAAUUGGCAUUUGUGUCGUUUUCAGUAGCUGUGAAAGUGUAUAAUACUUGCCUCCAAUUAGAUAUAGUUUAAAAUGGUAAACACAGCUGUGAUUUUUAGUUAAGUAAAAGGAUGAAUAUGGUAUGGAUCUCAAAAGCUUUAUAGCUUCAUUAAAAACAUAAGCCACUACCCACUCAACUGUGGUUCUAUGUCGUUUCCGUCACACUAACUGGGUUAAUGGAUGUGCCAGUUGAAGCUUCAGCCUUACAUUUGAGAAGCUAAGCCGUGGUUCAGUAUUUAAACUGCCAAUGUUCUAUCUGACAUUCUGUGUGCCGAGUAAAGGUACUGUGUAAGGAAGACAUUUGCUGUGCUUCUUGUCUUGUAAUGAUUCGAGUAUGUAGUAGUUCUUGAAGGAAUGUGUACAUAUUACUCAUCUGCUGAAGAGAAUGAGGUAAUCAAUAUCUCAUAGGAGCCAAAUACAUUUUUUCAAAACUUGAAAACCAAAGGUCACCCUGAGCGCGUUCAAGUUAGCAGACAUUGAUUGCAUUUGGAAUUUCUACCCAUAGUAGUGUGAAAAACCCUUUGGAGCUUACAAGCAUGGCAUUCAGUUAGGCUGAAAUGCAGUUUGUUUCUUGUGCACGCUCUACGGAAACACUAGCAAGUGAGGGCUUCCUUUGUGCCCGCCCCUGAGUUGACCCCUCUGUUUCCCAAACCACACAGGAGAGAGAAUCCAGACCCUCCACCAGCCCGCUGCAGGUCUGACACCAAAGGGCUUCUAGCCCUGAUAGCCCAGUUUGCUAGCUGUUGGCAUCAGUUAAGUGGUCUGGACCGGGCACUUUUCUUCUUCUUCUUGGCCUCCUUCCCUUUUCCCCAGAUGGCUAGUCUGGAUUUAGGAUUAGCUCCAGCAGUUACCUUUGACCCCACUCAUUUGCCUCCUUUCUCUGUCUUAAGUCUUGCAUACAUACAGCAACUGUACCUCAGCUUCCAGUUCACAACCAGAGUCGGGUAGUAGGCCUUACGUUCUCUGCUUAGAAGAUUCAGUCACUUUGUUGACAGAUGACAGCGUGGAACCCAGAGUUCUAAUUCUAUGUAGAAUAAUGGCAGUACAGCCAGAAUCCUUCCUUUAUCUUUUCCUUCUUGGAAUUUGGAAUUCCUAGCUUCUCAGUAACAUGAGUCGAGUGAACAGUACGAGGAUGUUUGUGUGAAAUGACAUCCUUGUGGUCCUCUGAGCUUGAUGUUAGCGGCUACACUGACUUCCCCUUGCUCUCAAACAGCGAAGUGCGUUGAUAGGUGCAGAGAAAUACCCGAAUGUGGCAAAUAAAGUUAAUAUAGAGUGAUAACUUAGCCUCUAUUCAAAAAAUAAAAUUUUGGUGUAUGCUAGAAAACAGCAUCAGAAUGCAGUAAUUUGUCUGUGUUUUUCUCUAUCUCACAGCUGCACAACGGUUCUUGGCCAAGGCUCACCCUCAUUCUUAAACACCUGUACCUUCUGGGUUCCCGUGAACACUUUCAAACAGAGAUGGUGUGUAUUUUUAAGCACCUUUCCCCUAGGAUAUCCAGAUCCCACUUGUAUGAUAAUCUGUGAUAAACAGCCUUUUUUCUGUAUAUCUCUGUUGGGCAAUUAUCUGGCAUAGAGCUAUAUAGAUUUUAAUCAUUCAGGCAGUGCUGAAAACUAACAUUAAGAUAGGGUUUCCUGCAUCAGAAACUUAAAAGACUAAACUUCUUUGAUGUCAGAUGACAGAGAAAUUAAAAGAAAGUAAUUGUGAAGAUGAUAUUUGUGCUAUGGCUGGACACGUCUAGCAUAUGAAAAGGAAAUGCAUUUUAAAAAAAGCAACCUUAAAAAGACCUUGUGCAUUCUGAAAUUAAUAGACAAUUAAAAUUUCUUAAGAAAGCCUUAACUAUGGCAGAGAAUUUUUAACCUUCUCCUAAUAAACACAGAGUUGUAAUUCCAUUUCUCAGCAUGUGAAAGAUGUCAGCAUGUUGGGUGUAUCUCCAUGUAUCUCACACCUGAUAAACUUAAGUUGAUGAGAGUCUAUUUUCUAAGGAAUCCUCCUUUAUCUGCAGAACAGCUGAGAGGAUCAAGCUGUCCCCAAUUCCUCCGUAUCUGAACUUCCUCAGCUAUCAAACAUUCUGGUUGAGACAAAUGAUUUCAAAACCCAUGAAGUUUUGUGCAUGUAGGGGUUACCAACAACUCAUGAAGGUACCACGUAGAAUUUGAGUGUUGCACAAGCUAAUUUUGAACCAUUUAAAAAUAUAAACCACAGUGAUAAGUGACAAGCAAUAGGAAGCUAAGAUUUUACAUACUCCCCAAGACUAAAUAUGCUCACAAAGUGACCAGUUUUAAACAUCUGCAGAGGUUUUUAACUCCUUUGAGAUAAUAUUCACACAGCAGAGGUGACUGCAUUCUGACUCUUCAUUUUUUCACAUUUUCUUUUAUGCUUUACACUUUCACAUCUCCAUACACACCCCACCACCCAUCUUUUCAAACAGAUUUCUCAUGCUCUAGGAUUUAGAGUGUUUAUUUAUCUGCCUGCCCUUUUCCACAGGCAGCUCUUGAAAAGCCCCUUGUUGUCUCUUAGUGUUUGCAGAGAAGUACAGUUAAACCCUGGUGGAGGCGGGGGCGGUCCCUUACACACUCCCAGCCCCUCCCAAGGCUCAGGAAGAAAAGCUAGAAAACACAACAAUAAAAAUUAGAAAGGAGCCAAGAUCUUUGAGGCUAAUAGCCUACACCUAGAAGCGGACCUUGACUAUAUAACCAUUAUGUUCAUGACACAGAAUAUUUAAACCCUUCAUGUGCAUAGAAUACCUGCUUCUGCUUCCAUUGUUUCAAGCUCACCCUGGCUAUUGUCUUUGAUACCUACAGACUGAAAGGUACUUAUAUCAAGGUUUCUCAAAAACAUUUACAAAACCAGCUUUGAGGAAAUCAAGAGUGUUUCCUGGCAACAGCAUUUGAAGUAGUAAGUGUAUUUUCUCAUUGUGAUGUUGGUCUGUGUACAUAACCAAUGUAGUGACUCUUCGGUUCAUUAUUGGUAAUGUUUUUAUUUGUAGUCUCUGUGACCCACCAGUGGCAGGGAGUUCCAGUUCACUCUCCUGUCCUUUUUUGCAUUUGUCUAUUUGUAGAAUUGCCAGAUAAAAGACACCCAGUUAAGUUCGAAUUUCAGACAAAUAAUUGUUUUGCUUAAGUAUGGUUUGCAUUAUUUGGCAUAUAUUUACUGUAAAAAAUUAUUGUUUAUCUGAAAUUCAAACUUAACUGAACAUUCUGGGCUUUUCGGCUUUGUUUUGUUUAGUUUUACUAAAUCUGGCAGGCCUGUUGAUUUGGUCGUAGGAAAUUGCUUACAGCAUGUAAAUUCCUCUAGACUUCACUCUCUUUCACACGGAAUGGAGGACCUUUUUCUCCCCCCUCACCCUCUUCUUUCCAAAAGAGGGCAUCAAGGAACUCAACCUGCCUGCAUGGUGGGUUUCUAUUUAAGACAUCUUUAUGAUUAUACUUAACCUGUACUUGUGCUUUGGCUAAAUGUCUAACUUACAGUACUUGUAAUUGUUUAAUAUUCAAUAAAAACGUUUUUAAAGUA